AUGGCAAACCCCCGGCUCCUCUCCCUCGCCGCCCUGACGGUUGUCAUCGCCGUGCUCGCGACAAUCGGCUACAUAACCUACUGCAUUGUGCGCGAUGUUUCGAACAAGACCCGCGCCAAGAUGGAGACGAAACACCACGUCUCGCUGAGCAGGGAGGGGAUGAAGGUCGAAUACAAGGAGGUGAAUGAUGAGCAAUACAAGGAUAAGAGUCAAAGUGUUCUGGUUAAUAUGUGGAAUCAUACCUCGUUCCCGAAUUAUAAGAGUCGGCUGUGGAAUAUGUCUGGCGAGCCGGAGAAGAGAAGGGGGUACGUCUUAUUUAUACAUCUUGUUUCAAAGUCUUCUUAUUAG